UCCAGCCUGGGCGGAGCCGGAGUUGCGAGCCGCUGCCUAGAGGCCGUGGAGCUCACAGCUAUGGGCUGGAGGCCCCGGAGAGCUCGGGGGACCCUGUUGCUGCUGCUGCUGCUACUGCUGCUGCUCUGGCCAGUGCCAAGCGCCGGGGUGCUUCAAGGACAUAUCCCUGGGCAGCCAGUCACCCCGCACUGGGUCCUGGAUGGACAACCCUGGCGCGCCGUCAGCCUGGAGGAGCCGGUCUCGAAGCCAGACAUGGGGCUGGUGGCCCUGGAGGCUGAAGGCCAGGAGCUCCUGCUUGAGCUGGAGAAGAACCACAUUUAGGGAGGAAGGCUGGGAGACAUCCUGGAGGAGGCAGGAGGAAGCUGAAUUCAGUGUUCCCUGUAACACCCACUCUCAGCAGGCUGCUGGCCCCAGGAUACAUAGAAACCCACUACGGCCCAGAUGGGCAGCCAGUGGUGCUGGCCCCCAGCCACACGGUGAGAUGCUUCCAUGGGCUCUGGGAUGCACCCCCAGAGGAUCAUUGCCACUACCAAGGGCGAGUAAGGGGCUUCCCCGACUCCUGGGUAGUCCUCUGCACCUGCUCUGGGAUGAGUGGCCUGAUCACCCUCAGCAGGAAUGCCAGCUAUUAUCUGCGUCCCUGGCCACCCCGGGGCUCCAAGGACUUCUCAACCCACAAGAUCUUUCGGAUGGAGCAGCUGCUCACCUGGAAAGGAGCCUGUGGCCACAGGGAUCCUGGGAACAAAGCGGGCAUGACCAGCCUUCCUGGUGGUCCCCAGAUCAGGGUCAGGGGCAUGGAGCGGAUGGGAGUGGGAAUGCUGUAUCUAUAGCCCACCAAUCAGAAGAGACAGGAAUUCACAGGCCUCGAGUCCCAGUAUUUUUAUUGGAGUCUGAAGAAACAAGUUCCAGAAAACAUGUUAAACUUCCUUCUGGGAGCUGGGGUUGGUGGUCAGGGCUCAAGCCCAGCAGCUUCCACUCAGGGUCCCCAUUUGCACCUCCGCAGGACAGGCGAGAAGCGCGCAGGACCCGGAAGUACCUGGAACUGUACAUUGUGGCAGACCACACCCUGUUCUUGACUCGGCACCGAAACUUGAACCACACCAAACAGCGUCUCCUGGAAGUCGCCAACUACGUGGACCAGCUUCUCAGGACCCUGGACAUUCAGGUGGUGCUGACCGGCCUGGAAGUGUGGACCGAGCGGGACCGCAGCCGCGUCACGCAGGACGCCAACGCCACGCUCUGGGCCUUCCUGCAGUGGCGCCGGGGGCUGUGGGCGCAGCGGCCCCACGACUCCGCGCAGCUGCUCACGGGCCGCGCCUUCCAGGGCGCCACAGUGGGCCUGGCGCCCGUCGAGGGCAUGUGCCGCGCCGAGAGCUCGGGAGGCGUGAGCACGGACCACUCGGAGCUCCCCAUUGGCGCCGCAGCCACCAUGGCCCAUGAGAUCGGCCACAGCCUCGGCCUCAGCCACGACCCCGACGGCUGCUGCGUGGAGGCUGCGGCCGAGUCCGGAGGCUGCGUCAUGGCUGCGGCCACCGGGCACCCGUUUCCGCGCGUGUUCAGCGCCUGCAGCCGCCGCCAGCUGCGCGCCUUCUUCCGCAAGGGGGGCGGCGCUUGCCUCUCCAAUGCCCCGGACCCCGGACUCCCGGUGCCGCCGGCGCUCUGCGGGAACGGCUUCGUGGAAGCGGGCGAGGAGUGUGACUGCGGCUCUGGCCAGGUUAAGUCGGCUCGCCCGGCCCCCACUUGCCCUCUCCGCUCAGGUCUGGGGCGCUGCGCCGUCACCUGGUCCCUUCUUGCUUUUCUGGUCCCAGGAGUGCCGCGACCUCUGCUGCUUUGCUCACAACUGCUCGCUGCGCCCGGGGGCCCAGUGCGCCCACGGGGACUGCUGCGUGCACUGCCUGGUUUCCCCGUUGGGUGCUGGGCUUGGGUAGGCCUGGCUCCCCCAGCUCCGAGCCGCGCUCUCGACAUGGACCUCUCACUGCACGUGGCCUCUCUCUGCCUUCCCCACCACCCGUCACCUGCGCAGCUGAAGCCGGCUGGAGCGCUGUGCCGCCAGGCCAUGGGUGACUGUGACCUCCCUGAGUUUUGCACGGGCACCUCCUCCCACUGUCCCCCAGACGUUUACCUACUGGACGGCUCACCCUGUGCCAGGGGCAGUGGCUACUGCUGGGAUGGCGCAUGUCCCACGCUGGAGCAGCAGUGCCAGCAGCUCUGGGGGCCUGGCUCCCAUCCAGCUCCCGAGGCCUGUUUCCAGGUGGUGAACUCUGCGGGAGAUGCUCAUGGAAACUGCGGCCAGGACAGUGAGGGCCACUUCCUGCCCUGUGCAGGGAGGGAUGCCCUGUGUGGGAAGCUGCAGUGCCAGGGUGGAAAGCCCAGCCUGCUCGCACCGCACAUGGUGCCAGUGGACUCUACCGUUCACCUAGAUGGCCACGAAGUGACCUGUCGGGGAGCCUUGGCACUCCCCAGUGCCCAGCUGGACCUGCUUGGCCUGGGCCUGGUAGAGCCAGGCACCCAGUGUGGACCUAGAAUGGUGUGCCAGAGCAGGCGCUGCAGGAAGAAUGCCUUCCAGGAGCUUCAGCGCUGCCUGACUGCCUGCCACAGCCACGGGGUUUGCAAUAGCAACCAUAACUGCCACUGUGCUCCAGGCUGGGCUCCACCCUUCUGUGACAAGCCAGGCUUUGGUGGCAGCAUGGACAGUGGCCCUGUGCAGGCUGAAAACCAUGACACCUUCCUGCUGGCCAUGCUCCUCAGCGUCCUGCUGCCUCUGCUCCCAGGGGCCGGCCUGGCCUGGUGUUGCUACCGACUCCCAGGAGCCCAUCUGCAGCGAUGCAGCUGGGGCUGCAGGAGGGACCCUGCGUGCAGUGGCCCCAAAGAUGGCCCACACAGGGACCACCCCCUGGGCGGCGUUCACCCCAUGGAGUUGGGCCCCACAGCCACUGGAAAGCCCUGGCCCCUGGACCCUGAGAACUCUCAUGAGCCCAGCAGCCACCCUGAGAAGCCUCUGCCCGCAGUCUCGCCUGACCCCCAAGCAGAUCAAGUCCAGAUGCCAAGAUCCUGCCUCUGGUGAGAGGUAGCUCCUAAAAUGAACGGAUUUAAAGACAGGUGGCCACUGACAGCCACUCCAGGAACUUGAACUCCAGGGGCAGAGCCAGUGAAUCACCGGACCUCCAGCACCUGCAGGCAGCUUGGAAGUUUCUUCCCCGAGUGGAGCUUCGACCCACCCACUCCAGGAACCCAGAGCCACAUUAGAAGUUCCUGAGGGCUGGGGGACACUGCUGGGCACACUCUCCAGCUCAGUAAACCAUCAGUCCCAGAAGCAAAGGUCACACAGCCCCUGACCUCCCUCACCAAUGGAGGCUGGGUACUGCUGGCCACCCCAAAAGGGCUCUGUCCUGGGAGUCUGGUGUGUCUCCUACAUGCAAUUUCCACGGACCCAGCUCUGUGGAGGGCAUGACUGCUGGCCAGAAGCUAGUGGUCCUGGGGCCCUAUGGUUCGACUGAGUCCACACUCCUCUGGAGCCUGGCUGGCCUCUGCAAACAAACAUAAUUUUGGGGACCUUCCUUCCUGUUUCUUCCCACCCUGUCUUCUCCCCUAGGUGGUUCCUGAGCCCCCACUCCCAAUCCCAGUGCUACACCUGAGGUUCUGGAGUUCAGAAUCUGACAGCCUCUCCCCCAUUCUGUGUGUGGGAGGGGACAGAGGGAACCAUUUAAGAAAAGAUACCAAAGUAGAAGUCAAAAGAAAGACAUGUUGGCUAUAGGCGUGGUGGCUCAUGCCUAUAAUCCCAGCACUUUGGGAAGCCGGGGUAGGAGUAUCACUAGAGGCCAGGAGGUCCACACCAGCCUGGGCAACAUAGCAAGACACCGCAUCUACAGAAAAAUUUUAAAAUUAGCUGGGCGUGGUGGUGUGUACCUGUAGGCCUAGCUGCUUAGGAGGCUGAAGCAGGAGGAUCACUUGAGCCUGAGUUCAACACUGCAGUGAGCUAUGGUGGCACCACUGCACUCCAGCCUGGGUGACAGAGCAAGACCCUGUCUCUAAAAUAAAUUUUAAAAAGACAUAUUA